AUGGUGUCGGACGCGAGCAAGAAGAAGGCGGCUCAGAAGAAGGCGGCAGCGGCCGCGAAAAGAGGAGGGAAGGCCGCGGCGGCUGCGACGUCGUCGAAGGCUGCAGCAGCGGCGGUCGAUAACGUGGCGAAUGGGGUGGGUGCGCUUCAGAUAUCGGAUCGGAAUUGUACUGGUGUUCUUUGUUCACAUCCUCUGUCCAGAGAUAUUAGGAUAGAGUCUCUAUCGCUUACUUUCCAUGGACAUGAUCUAAUCGUUGAUUCUGAACUGGAACUCAAUUUUGGCAGACGUUAUGGUUUGCUUGGGUUGAAUGGCUGUGGGAAAUCUACACUUCUUACUGCAAUAGGGUGCCGAGAGCUGCCCAUUCCCGAACACAUGGAUAUUUAUCACCUUAGCAGGGAGAUUGAAGCUUCUGACAUGUCCUCACUUGAGGCUGUUGUAAACUGUGAUGAGGAGAGGUUGAAGUUGGAGAAAGAAGCUGAAGCUUUGGCAGCACAGGAUGAUGGUGGUGGAGAAACUCUUGAACGCAUUUAUGAACGUUUGGAAGGCAUGGAUGCAUCAACUGCUGAGAAGCGUGCUGCUGAGAUCUUGUAUGGUCUUGGUUUUAACAAGGAGAUGCAAGGAAAGAAAACACGCGACUUCUCUGGUGGCUGGAGAAUGAGGAUUGCUUUAGCAAGGGCUCUGUUUAUGAACCCAACCAUCCUAUUGCUCGAUGAACCCACCAAUCAUCUUGAUUUGGAAGCUUGUGUCUGGUUGGAGGAAACUUUGAAGAACUUUGAAAGCAUUUUGGUUGUGGUUUCACACUCCCAGGACUUCUUGAAUGGUGUUUGCACGAACAUCAUCCACAUGCAGAACAAGAAACUGAAGAUAUAUACUGGUAACUAUGACCAGUAUGUUCAAACUCGUGGUGAUUUAGAAGAAAACCAAAUGAAACAAUACAAGUGGGAGCAGGAGCAGAUUGCUUCAAUGAAGGAGUAUAUUGCCCGAUUUGGGCACGGAUCCGCAAAACUAGCUCGUCAGGCACAGAGCAAAGAGAAGACUUUGGCAAAAAUGGAGCGAGGUGGGCUUAUGGAGAAGGUGGUGAGAGAUAAGGUUCUUGUUUUUCGAUUUCCUGAUGUAGGAAAGCUUCCCCCUCCUGUGUUACAAUUUGUGGAAGUUGCGUUCGGUUACACACCUGAAAAUCUUAUAUACAAGAGUCUUGAUUUUGGAGUGGAUUUGGACUCAAGAGUAGCUCUUGUGGGGCCCAAUGGAGCUGGGAAAAGUACGCUGCUGAAGCUGAUGACGGGGGAUUUGGUUCCCCUUGACGGCAUGGUCCGGCGACACAACCACCUGAGGAUUGCGCAAUUUCAUCAGCAUUUGGCUGAGAAACUUGACCUGGAAAUGUCUGCACUCUUGUUUAUGAUGAGAGAGUACCCAGGAAUUGAGGAAGAAAAGAUGAGGGCUGCAAUAGGGAAGUUUGGGCUUACAGGCAAACCCCAGGUGAUGCCUAUGAAGAAUUUGUCUGAUGGGCAAAGGAGCCGAGUGAUCUUUGCAUGGUUGGCAUGGAGACAGCCCCACAUGCUGUUGCUAGAUGAACCCACUAAUCAUUUGGAUAUUGAAACGAUAGACUCACUGGCCGAGGCAUUGAACGAGUGGGAUGGUGGGUUGGUUCUUGUUAGCCAUGAUUUUAGGCUUAUUAAUCAGGUGGCACAUGAAAUCUGGGUGUGUGAGAACCAAGCUGUGACCCGAUGGGCAGGUGAUAUUAUGGACUUCAAGCAACACUUGAAGAGCAAGUCUGGUCUAUCUUGAUUGAAGCAAAUUUUAGGACUGGUGUACCUUGGCUUAUGGUUCUAUUCACUGUAAUGGAGGACCAGUAAUCCUACAAUGUGCUCUCCAGGCGGAUUAUGACGAAAGCUGAAGGAGCGGAGGAUGUGAUUGAGGCUUGGUUGUUAUUUCAAGCUCAUCGACCUGGUUCUUUGGUUGGUUAGUAGGAAUUUUUCCACCUCUUUAUUAUCUUAUGCAUUUAUACUUCUAUUAUUCUUGGUUGUGGACCAAGAGGAUAAUGAUGGUAAUCCUUGUUGAUUGGAUAUGCCUAUAUGAACCUUUGUUUGCUAUCUAUUCAAUUUGAAUCUAGUAUUGUUUCAUCA